AUGGUACACAGAAAUCCCACAGCAGAAAACUCCAAUUCAGAGAUUGUAACACAUCAGCAAAUGACGGAAAGCCAAGAUGAUCUCAUUCGGCCCAAGAAACCAUCUCACCCCAUGCUGGAGUCCCCCAGCCACAGAGGCCUGCACCGAGAACUCCUCGUCAGCCAUAGAUGGGGUUUGCUGCCCGGUGAGAAGUCCGAGCUGCAGAGAGUGAUGGAGCAGAGGAGGCUGGAGCAGCACAGAGAGAGGGAGCAGGCCCUGCGACCCCUCACUGACCUCGAGCAGGAGCUGCGCAAGAGACGGCAAAGACUGCUGGCGUAUGAACUGGAGGAGCAGAAGAGGCGAGAGGAUCUAAAGAACAUGCCAGAAUUUGUGCGUGUGAGGGACAACCUGAGACAUGUCAGAGUGUUGGGCAACUAGUAGGACCUCAGAGCAAGCAAAGCCCAUCAUCAUUC